GAUGUCCGCGUCUAGUCAAAGGAACGUUUGGAAUGAAGUGAAAAUAUUAACAAGACUGAGGUGCAAUAAAAAAUAUUGAAAAUGUCUCUUAGUGGUAUGCGAGCACGUAUGCUGCAAAGGAAAAAAGAGAGAGAAGGCUUGGAAGCAGAAAUAUCAAAAAAAGUCCCCAAAUCGUCACAACCCUCGGACACAGAUGAAGCAAAAAAGGAUGGUUUAUCAGACCCUACAGUUUCCAGUGCAAGCACAACACCAAUGCCCAAAUCCGAUACGAUUCCACCAGUGCCAGACACAUCGAAGAAGGAACCUCAGGAACCUCUGAAGGUGGAUCUGGAGGUGGAGAAAAAAGUGUUAAUGGUUCUGUGUGACAUUAAUCUGGACAUCCCCUGUAAUGCAGCAAUCAUUGCAGACCACACGACGAAGGCCUUGGAGAGAGGUGUCACGCUCGCCUCUAUAGAGGUUCUACUGCAGAAUUUUGCUUCUCAACAGUUAAUAAGCAUUACAACAGAAGAAAAUCCUCCUACCGGGAAAAGUAAAUAUAUUGUCCAAGAUCUAGAUCUCACCAAGUUGUUAGCCGUAAUAAAAGACCCACAAUCAAGAAAGAGGAAAAGAGGAGGAGAUGACGAGGUGGAAAAUGAACCCCCACAGAAGCAGUCAAAGCAACAGAGCUCAGAUGCAGGCAUUAACGAUGUGGAGAGUUUGCUCUCAAUGCAAUCAGCCAAGGAAAGAGUAAGCAAGCAAGUUAAUGAGGAAAUUCAGGAGUUACUAUCACAACCUACUGCAAAGGAGCAAAUAUUAGUGACAAGAUUUAAAUCUCAGGGAGGUGUACAGUUACAAGAAUUCUGUCAGUUUGGAACCAAAGAAGAAUGCCAGAAGUUAAAUGAAUCCAAAGAAAAAUGUGAAAGACUCCACUUCCGAAAGAUCAUACAUAAACAUACCGAUGAAUCUCUUGGAGAUUGUUCAUUUCUCAAUACCUGUUUCCAUAUGGACACAUGCAAGUAUGUCCAUUAUGAAAUAGAUUAUCCUGCUAAAAAUGAAACGGAGGGAAUGAAAAAAGAGUUAAUGUUGGCGAAGUAUGUCCUUGACAAAAGUAACGAUGGAGACGUCCACAUGUUUCCUCCACAGUGGAUUCAGUGUGACCUACGACAUUUCGAUAUGUCCACCCUCGGAAAGUGUGCGGUAGUCAUGGCAGACCCUCCUUGGGACAUUCACAUGGAACUUCCCUAUGGAACCAUGCAGGACGAUGAAAUGAGGAAACUGGAUGUUCCAGUUCUUCAAGAUGAUGGUUUCAUUUUCCUCUGGGUUACUGGAAGAGCUAUGGAGUUAGGCAGAGAAUGUCUAGAUCUAUGGGGGUACAAGCGUAUUGAUGAGCUGAUUUGGGUGAAAACAAACCAGCUGCAGAGAAUCAUACGUACCGGCCGAACGGGUCACUGGCUGAAUCACGGCAAAGAACACUGUCUGGUUGGUGUGAAAGGGAAUCCAAAGGGAGCUAAUCGAGGACUUGAUUGUGAUGUUUUAGUUGCAGAGGUGAGGGCUACCAGUCAUAAACCAGAUGAAGUUUAUGGUAUCAUAGAAAGAUUGUCUCCAGGAACCAGAAAAGUGGAGUUAUUUGGCCGUCCCCAUAAUGUCCAACCAAACUGGAUUACUCUUGGCAACCAGGUGGAAGGAGUUAGAUUAAAAGACCCAGACAUUGUGAGCAGGUUCAAAGAAAAGUACCCUGAUGGAAACUGCUUGGAGCCACCCAAGGCAAAAACUUGAUCCUCAGAUGCUGAAGAAAAAACGUCGUGGGUCAAUGGCAUAACUUGUGCCCAUUUCAUUCUUAAGUGAAGGGGCAUCGAUGAAAACACAGACAAUUGAUUACAUGGAUUUGUCACAGAAUGAAUAUUGUAAACAUUUCAGAAUGACAUGCAAUAAAUGUACAUGUAAACUGUGUAAA